AUGAAUUUCGGGUUGUUUUCAGGAAGUUCAGAGCUACCGCGGUUAUUAAGACGACACGGCGGUACGAGUCGAACGAAACCGAGUUCUAGCAGCGAUUUUGACGUAGAAUCUGCUCAGCUGGAAGACGAAACUUUUCAUCCACUUCUGUCACUAGUCCACCUUCAAAGUCAAUUAAAUCAACUCACGCUUGAUAAUUACACCCGCCUAGAGAACAAAGGCCACAGCCUCGAUUUUCUCACCCUCAACAGAUUCAACGCUUUAGAAAAAACACCAUUCGACGCAUUACAAGACAUUGGUUCUGGCUCCACAUUCUCAGUCAAGUCCUUCGCUCCAGUCUGGAAACACAGUCCGCUGGAUUCGAAUUUGAAUGGUGCCGUUGUUGCAAAACGGAUACGUCCUUCUUCAGACGCAGAGAUCUUGAGGUCACGAUUGGAAUCCGUAAAAUUAGAGAUUCUCGCGCUGAGAGACCCUAUACUCGGCAUACAUGAGAAUAUUGUGGACUUCUUAGGGCUUUGGUGGGAGAAUAAUCCUUACGGCGGAUGCCCAUUGCCCGUGCUGAUAUUAGAACAAGCGAAUUAUGGCACCCUCAUCGAUCUACAACGGCGUCCUCUGACUCUACGUUACACGGUUAAGCGGAGACUCUGUUUGGAUAUUGCACUCGGGUUAGAAGCUUUACAUGAGGCUUCAAUUGUUCAUGGGGACUUGAAGAGUGAAAACGUUCUAGUGUUCAAACAAUCUGAAAGAGGCUAUAUAGCUAAACUGAGUGACUUCGGCUCCACUAUUGCAGGAGGACAUCAUGCUAGCAUUCUUGGAAAGAAAAACGUGGUGUACACUAGAGAGGAUGCGGGGAAAAGAUACCGGGUGUCUGUCAUCAGCUUUCCAUGGAAUGCUCCCGAAUACGAAUACCAUAUGGAAGGCUUUCAGUUACGCUUGCUUGACGCUUACUCUUUUGGGCUGCUGGUUUGGCGAACCAUGAUGGACGGAAGAGAUCCGUUUGAAACAGUGAACAGCCUUAAUGGAAGUGAGGAUAAAUUUACUGAAAUUGAAAUGUUGAAGAGAAAGGAGGAUUUUGCCGGAAUCAUCCGAGAGAGCUUUGAAACUACACGUGUCUUGGGCGAACUAGCGCAGGAUGUUGACAUAGAGUCCGUCAGCAGUGUUGUAAAGGAUACUGUACAAGUUGACCCGGAUGAGAGAAACCUACGGGCAGCCAUUGUGCAUCUUGGAGGCAAGCCUAGCUCGCUGAACAUGAUGCGUCAUAAGAACGAGGUCAUUGAUAUGGACGACUUUGGCGGCUCGGAUACAGGAGUUCGACCCAGGUUGAAGCGUCUCGAAGUCUUGACAGACUCAAACCUCAGCAUACCCAUCGGACUUGAUAUUGCAGUAUCAAAUUGGGUCUCUGUCAUCACCAAGGAGUGUGCCAUUAGAGAUAUAACGUCUUCAUGUGCGCAAAUGUAUCUCCCAGGAGAGCUAUCCGGCACUGUGAGAUCUUUGGAACGCGAUCCUGCUUCGUUGUUGGACGUUUUGCGCAAGAUGGCUUUGCAUUAUGAACAUCUGGAUGAAAAUGACUCUAGGCAGACGCAAUUAGAUGACACGAUUAUGGAUAUAGCUCGCAUGGAUGUUGUGCAAAUGGCAGGUGCUCUAGACUGCCCACUGGAUAUGGAUAUUGUAGUUGAAGAAAUUAUACAGACUGCUGCAGGUCGAGGUUCCGGCCCUGCUCUCGAUAUAUUAUCUCGGGAAGGGCCCGCCACGUCCUACAACAAUGCCUUACAAAAUUGGAGGAAUCGAAAUGGGGGGUAUCUUUUCGAAAUGAAAGCUGACGAGAUUUGGGAUUUGAGCCAGCCAGAGGAGCUGAAGAAAACCCUAACACGGCUAAUGUAUGGAGCCAAAUGCAUCUCCAAACACAUUUCAAGAGCUGUAUAUGAGGGACUAUCAGGAAACAGACAGGAGGAUAGUAUUGAUGUCAACAAGAUCUGGGUCUCGACUGAUUUCAAAUCCAACCUGCUCCACCAUGCGGUCAAAUGCGGCGCCCUAAGUGUUGUGGAGAUGCUUCUUUCAGAUUUCCCUUUCGAUAUCAAUUGUCGGAACUGGUUACAAGAGACUCCUCUGUUGGUUGCUAUGAGAUCCGGUCACUCUCCGGUUGCCAACUUCCUCAUUGACAAGGGCGCUGAUUGUUCCAAACGAGACUUGUUUCAAGAAAAUGCUCUCCAUUGGAUUUGUCGCAUUGACAGCCAGGAUAUUCCGGAUCUAAUCAGGAGAUUGAGCAACGCUGGCUGCGACAUGAAUGCUGUCUCCUGUAAAGAUAUUGCUAACGUUACGGACGACGACGAAUCUGAUACUUGGGAUCUCGAGAUACUAGAUUCGGAUUCCGAGAGUGGUGGUUCGGACAGCAGUAACAGCGACGAUAUAAACGAAUUCGCCAUGUACCAGUACGAACAACUCAUCCGCACAUUCACAGCUCCAGGCACGCCUUUACAUCGGGCAGUCGUUGAGAACAAGUGUGAAGCUGUGAUAAGUCUCUGCCAGUCUGGAUGUGACACCACAGUGAAGUGUUCAAUUACAAACAUACCAAUGAGCCCUUUCGAGGUAGCCAUUUGCCGUCACCAAAUCGAGAUUGCAGCCGCAAUAAUACCGUUUUAUCCAAGGACAGAAUCCCAAGAUUGGCUCCAGGCAUUGAUGCUAGUCAUCUCGCCCUUUUGGACAAGUGCAAGAAUAGCACUUCACGGAAAACACUACAACUCAGCGCGACAACGUGCCUUGGAAUUCUCUCUCUCUCGCUUACAACCUGCUGAUAUAAGGGCAAGCUUAUCUUUAGGUAUAUUGGUGAGUGUGGCAGACUCUACAGUUCUUCAAGCAUUCUUGGGAAAUAUAUACACAUCACUCGAAGAGCCGAUGGAAAUUUUGGACUUGCAAUUGAGACCGCUAGCAAUUGCGCUUUGUGACGGAAAACUCGAUUCGCUUGUGGUUCUGCUCGAAGCGGGUGCUGAGUGCAAUUUUUACACCAGCGACAUUGUAGGGUCGACGAAUUGUCUGCAUCGUCUCAGUCACCUUGGAAUAGAUGAUGUUCGUUUUGGCGAAGUGCUGCUCAAAUAUUGUGAUCAAUCUUUUCUCCUGCCAAUGUCUGGAGGUAUUAUGACUGGUGGCACGACGCCGUUUGUUUUUGCAGUCACCCAAGGUUGUUUUGAGAUGGCCAAACUCUUCCUCACGUACGGAGCAGAUAUCGACGCUUUAGCUGUCACUCAGAUCUCGGAAAUCUUCUUCACUGGUAUGACAGCACUUGGAAGGCUAGCUAUGUCAGCUUGUGAUACAUCAGUGCCACAGCUCAAGUUUUUGUUGGACUCUGAUCGACUUCAAAGAUCAAGCUUUGUAGUAGCUCCUGCUACGGGCUUUACAGUUCUUCAUGCUGCAGUCUUGUGUCCAAAAGGAAGACAAUCAAAUCCGGAUACUAUUGUUAAUCUAACAUACCUCUUGUCAGUCUUCCAUCGGCAAGAUGAGUUAGAUCAGAUAGAUCGAUUUGGGUGCACUGCUCUCCACUUAGCUGUUAUAUGUGGUAACUAUGAAGCAGUUGCUACCUUGCUGGACGCUGGUGCUAGCCAUGACUCAAAGCUAUACAAAUGUCUUGAGAUUCGCCCAGUUGAUGUAGCAAGGGCCAGGGUUGGCUAUCUCACUGAGUGGAUUUUAGAGGAAGAUGCCAACAACGAAGAGUGUGCUGCAACAGCCGCAAUGCACAACAGCAUGGCAAUUGUCGAUCAGCUUAAUCGCGCUUGUACAAACUCUGUAGCCGAAGCCAGCUCUUCGGAACCAGAUUUGGAUCAUCCAGUGGAUCCUCUGAUUGAAAAUGCAUACAGCAUGGCUCGAGAAUAUUCUCUACUAAUCCAACAGUAUCGACACAUGUGGGCAGGCACGCAGUCUUCAGAAACCGAGUGGUUAGAACGUGUCAUCAAGAUAAUUAAAGACAGUCUGAAUGUCUCUGGCCUAGAGAGAGUCCACGAAAUGCUUUCCUCAGAGCACUCUGGCAAGGGAAAAUCAAGGGUCGAAGAGGUUGAUGAAUGUGCCUUUAAGCUCCCGUUUUGGUGGAUGAUAAUGGGAUGGCCAUCGACCGAGCAGCAAACACAACUAGCGAGGUAUCUGCGACAAAGAUAUCCCCGCUGGACAAGACUAAGAAGUGACGGUGUGCUCAAAAUCAUAAUCGAUAUCAAGCAAGACGAAACAGGACAUGACAUUUUAUAUUUACAUGGUUCCAUCAAAUCGCCAUCUCCAGAUGAGCCGAGCGUCAUCGAAACUAGAUGUCUAGCAUUAUUGAAAGUAUACUCUCAAGCCGCCGCAGCAAUUGAAAAGGAACCGAUAAGCGACUCAGAGUCAGAGACAGACCCAGGGCCUAUGCUUUCUCCCGAACUUCUUCGGGAAUUAGAAGGUGAUCCAAAUGUCAUCUUUAUUUCUGACCCAGGCGAUAGCUCGGACGACGAUGACAAUGACAAUAGAAUAGGAUUUGCUACGCGGGGCUACAGCACCCCCAGGCAGGCUUGGCACUCCGUACUGAAAAAUAACCGUCGAACACAGAGGCAGCUUGAUAAAGUGCUUGGUCCCGCUAGACGCGAUUCAUUAGACUGA